AUGUCAGAAAAAGUGUAUGUAGGUGGUUUAGGCAACAGUGGUGACAAGCAAGAGCUAUGGAGAGCUUUUUCCAAAUAUGGAACACUGCGUGAUGUAUGGGUAGCACGCAGUCCCCCUGGAUUUGCCUUUGUCCAUUAUGAAGAUUUCCGAGAUGCUGAGGAAGCUGUUAGAGCUAUGGAUGGAAGGCGUCUUGGUGAUAAAAAGUUACGAGUUGAACUUUCAAGGACGAGAAACCGUGAAGAGGGUAGAGGUGGGAGACGAGGAGGUCGUGGAAGCGGUUACCGAGGAAGCAGCAGUAGGUAUGACAGGCGAGAUGAUAACAGACGAAAUGACUAUAGCCGUGGAGAUUAUGGCAGUCAACGAUUCUCACAGUCUCAUCAGAGGUAUUAACCGUGCCUUUAUUACCUUUUUUACCGUUAAAGUGUACAUGAAAUGGAAUAGAUUGGUUGUUUGAGAAGAUUAAAGUAUAUAAAACAAUUUAAUUUGUGUGCAUUCAAGUGGUCAGAAGGAAAUUUUAGUCUCGUACUCUGGCUAAGGUUUGUAUUUUGGUACUGCCAAAAAUGUAUGUUGAGUUGAAAAUGAAAUCGAAACAUUUUAUUUUAUUCUUGACCAACAUUCCAUUUUAUUUGUGCUUUAAUGCUGACCAGACACAUGUAACCCUGGACAGGCUUAUAUGUUUCUGUGCUGACUGAAACCAUGUUAUUAUUGGUAUUACUUUGUAAAGAACUAAUAUUUUUUAAAAAAACGUUUUAUUUUUCAUUUUAAUUUAUUAGGUUAUUUGAAUGUGCAGGGGACAGAGCCUUACUAACUGUCAUGAUUACCAUUUUUAUAGGUGAUUCAUUCAAGGGUUUUUAGUCCUUCCAAACCCAUUCAACAUCUCUUCUGAUCAGAGAAGAAUUUUAAGCUCUCGACAAAGUUCUGCAUUACAUCUGGGACUACACAUCCUUCAAUCCCUCCAACACCUGUUAAUUAAGCGAAAAACCUGCAACCCAGUCAACAGCAGAAGCAUUUUUCCUCACCACUCUACGUCAUCUGUCCCUUACAACAUUUUAGGCUCAGUUCUUCAAACCUUAGCUGCUUUCCUGUGUAGUUUUCACAGAUUUCACUCAACCAGCAAAAAGUGGAUGUUACUUCGUUGCACUUCUCCCCCCAAAUUGAGUCUCUGCAUGCUUCUGUUUUGGUUUGAUGUGUCGGCAGGAGUAUUUUUACACCAAAAAUCCAUGCAAGCCAUUAGUCAGAAGUUAAUUUAAGUUCUGCAUCCAUGUGAGGGCAAGAAGGUUUUUCCUCUAAAGGAUUGUUCCAGUCAACUUGUUUCCAGCAGCUUCCAGUGCUGCUAAUGUCUGCAGAUGACAGAAGAAUUUCACCCCUAGAAGAGCUAAGGUUGCCCAAGUCAUCUUAUGACACCAAUGAGGCUUAGUAUAUGUAGUCGUGACGCUGAUUAUAUUGAAGCAUCAAAACACCUUUACUUGUCAAUUUUAUCACCGGGUAGCUCAGAUGUAAGUGUCUUAAGGGUAGAAAUAGUCUAUUGUGUCUGGAUGUAAGUACAUUUGGGUGGCUAACAGCUGGAGUUAUAAGUUUAAUUAGAUUUAUUUAACCUUUUGUAUUUUGCCGCAAACUCUUUAUGUGAAGGGGUGCCUGAAGAAAGUGCCCCAGGUGUCCUUCUAAUGGAGCGCUGCAAUAUCCUAGAAGUUGCCCUCGGUUUGCUUAUAAAACGUAAGGACAACAAUAACAAUAUGAUUUGACUUGAGAAUGAGAGUCCCUGCCUUUCCAUGUGCACCACUUCAUUUUAGUGAAAAUAAUAACUUACCCGCUGGUUUGUUUGUUGUUCUCAGAUGGUAACGGUUAGCAGUAAUAAAGCUGCCUUGUUCAUACUUGUGCAUAGUACUCUUUGACUUUUAGAUAAUGUCAUCAUAACAAAAAAUCUUUUUAAGUGAGAUAUAGAUAACUAUAGACAUAUUAAUUAAUUCUUAUUACUUGACGUCAUGUUUACGUACUCUCAGGCAAACACGCCUCUCAGCCAAUCAGAGCGCGUGUACUGUCUUAGCUAUUUUGUAAAAACAGUUAGAUUCAUCAAAGAGAGAAUUGAAAGCCAGAAAGUGUCAGGACCAGAGGAUGGACUGUAACUGGACAAAAAUAAAUUUCUGUUUGAACAAAUAAAUUUGCAAACCUGAGAACCAUUUUGCUAACCUUACUGGGGUUGGCCAUUUUUUAGAAUGUGUUUUUUUUUGUUUUGAAGAGAGUUAACGAUGCUUUCUGGAUUCUGAACAAAGUUGGAAUUUUACAUGGCCCAUCUUAUUUGCCACCCAUUAUAAAUGUCUUUUUAAUUUUUGUCAUCAAUGAUUUUCUUACUUUGCUGACUUUUUCGUCUUUUUUACAUUUUGUGUCUGUAGGUCUCCACCACCAAGAUCCCAGGACUAUUCACA